UGUAUUUAACCAAUAAUUAAACCCUACAGGCUAAACCAAUUGUCAGCUAUUAAUUAAACCUGCUAAUAUAAACUUUAAAAAAGCUUUAAAAACUUUUAUAACUAUUGUAUAUUUUGAAGAUGAAGGCACAUUUUAAUGUUACCUGAUUUCCCUCAAACGGCGGAAGUAAAAACCAAACAGAGUUAUCUAAAGUUUGUCAUAGUCGGUAGGGGGGCGCGUGAAGCUCUUAGCAUCGCGCACAGUAGAGUCGCGUCUCGCGCGCAGGUCGCGUGCGCGCACACCUUGAGUGAUGUCACUAGGAUACGUGCGGCUAAUGUUGUAAUAGUUUUUGGAACUCGGAUUGCGUGUGCUUGUGCUGUGCUGUGUACUAUGGUCGCGAUGGUGGCCUCGGCGUCUGGAUACGGCACGUUGCGCCGUUUUCUGAGCGCUCCGGAAGGCCAACAUGAUGUUGAAGAGGUGGGCGCAGCCCCAAGCACUUCCGUCGCUGUUUCGUCGAAACAGCGAGCGUCGAUCAAAUGGCUGCUUGCGAAGGCGUUCAACAACAGGGUCCCGGAGAAUCUUCAAGAGCCGUUCUAUAGGGAUCAUGAGGAUCAGGAACACCUGAAGCCACCGAUACUGGGUGGUCUCGCGAACGCCGAGCUUUACUGCCUAGCGCUGGCCAACAUGUACUCGGAUCCCAAUUACCAUAGCCUGAACCACUGGAACAUCCUGCAGACUCUCGCGAGGAAAGGCGUCCACGUGCCAGACCCGCCUGACUGCGCGCUCACUGAGACCGUGCUUAUACAAACCAAUCCACUUAAAAUGAGCGCGCACAUGGCAGUAAUGGAAGCAAUUAUGGUGUUAUAUGCUCGCGAAGUGGUCACGCUGGACCGGGUGUCAGCGGCGGCGCAGCGCUUCGGCACAAGCCAGCCUCUGCCAGUGGGUUCUUCGAUCCCCCACGAGGAUGGCUUGCUGUGCUGGAUCAACGCGGCUUGCACGGCGUUAAAUAAGGCUGAGGAGGACCAAUCACAGCACGUGCCAAUGGUAAAAAACCUCCAAGAACUAUGUGAUGGCACAGCUCUCGCUGCGCUUAUAUCAUUCUACUGUCCCGAAGCCCUACCGCGGUCGGCGGUCAGGGUGGGACGGAUGGCUUCAAUACAAGACUGCCUGCACAAUCUCAUGCUGGUAUACGACUUUUGCCAGACUAGUCUACCGCACAACGUUUUUCAUAUGAUGCCUGAAGACGUCACUUACAUGCGAGGGUCAAUGCGACAAAAUUUAAUAGCAAUGCUGGCGGAUCUCUUCAACAUGCUCGAAGUGCAUCCUGUCAAAUCAGUAAAAUACCCUGGAAGCGUGGCGCGCGACUGCAACUCGCACGGCGUGCGGCACAAGCGCUGCCUGCCGCCGCCGCCGCCCGCGCCCAUCCCCGACCUCCGCGGGGACCAGCUCGCGGCGCCGGCGCACGGCCAGCCCUUCUCAGUACCUCGGUCGCCGUCAGCUUGCGCAAUGCGGCCGCGCGCGCCCAGCGGCCGUUCGGCGUGCUCCACGCCCGAGCGGCGCAGCUGCAGCCCGCAGAGGGAAGAGUUCGUCGUGCACAGAGGCAGGGGAAUCACGACACUGUCCUCUGUUGCUAGACGAGAUGACGACAAUGUAUCAGUGGACGCAAACCUGACAGCAGCGGGUAGACCGUCGAAUUGGGGGGAUAGCCGCGAGGCGUCGUUCGCUGGCCGCAGGUCACGGCGCUCCUCUAUCACAGAGGACAGCCAGCUCACUGUCGAGAACUUCGGAGGGUCCCAGGAUAGAUUACACUUCGCUGGUCGCAAUCCCGAGAAGGAACUCGCCACGUUGGCCAAUGUUAGGAAGAUAUCUGCGCCUGCAGGUCCAUUAGACUACAACCCUCCUCUUCGAUCGUCGCGACAAGACAUCCGCAGUUCGAUACAGUUCUGCCACGGCGACUUCCAAAACGGGCAAGACGACUCGCGACAAAAAGUCGAGCGUCAACAUUCGCAACCUCAAAACACCGAACACGACCAGCCAUAUUUCCCCAUACGACGUCAACUGAGCAGCGACACGAUCAAUUUGACCCAGAACUACGGUUUUAGUCAUAAAGGGGGUGGCGACGGGGGCUUCUACCUCAACGAUAGGGACACGACUGACGGCGACGGCACGAAAAUGAGCUUCGCCGUUUUGAAUAACAUUAGGAGUAAUGGCGACCAGACAGGUCUUCAAUCGAUAUUUAAUCAAUCAGAGAGUGAACCCCCGGAGCGGCGGAAAACAUCAUUCUCCACACCACCGGCCAACACUACUACGUGGCAACAGCAAUUUAUGCAACAAGAAAAUCAACCCAACGGCGAUGACCUCUCAGACGACGUGACAACCUCGCCUAGCGGGGGUCAAGCUAUGGCGGCGCAAUUAAACAAUAUUAGACUGAAAUUAGAAGAGAAACGACGCCGCAUCGAGCAGGAAAAACGGAGGAUGGAGCUCGCAGUGAAUAAGCAAAGACAACAGUUAGGACAGCAGGCGUUCUUACAGGCCGUUACCAGAGACACAUAUUUGCAAUGCCAGUUGGCCUCCUUGGGCAAAGGUGCGCGCACGCCGGCAGACGACGACACCAAGGACUCUAACCUCCACCAGGACAUGGCUGAACACCAUAUUCAAAACGUAGAUGCCGGCGCGCUAGAGCAAUAUCAACAAUCUAUAGCCAAAAUGAAUUCCAGUCUUCAAGACAUCCAGAGCGACAUCGCGCGGUUGGCCAGCCAACAAAACCAACUACAGCAGCAACAGAACCAACAGCAGCAGGCUAAACAGCAGUUCCAACAGCAGAGUCAGCAGAAGCAGAUGUAUUCGCAGCCACAGGUGCCGCAAGCACCACCACAGUCGCCUUAUCAACCCCAAUAUCAACCGAGCAUUCCACAGUUGCACAGCCAAUUCAGCUCGCAGCACAAUGUGUCGCGGCCCGGCCUCAACACCGGCUUCGGCUCCACGCCGCACAUCCCGCAGCAGCACAUCUACCAACAACAGCAGUACCACCAACAGCAGUACGAGGAGCCUCGGCAGUACCAGUACAGGGAUAUAGACGAGUACAACCGGCAGCAGUUUUACUUGCACGACAGCCCGCCGCCGCCGCAGCGGAGGACCUGGGCGCAGCACGCGCAGCAGCAGCAGGAGAACGAGUCGCGGGGCUGGCAGCUCCAUCAGCAAAACCACCAGCAGUACCCGGCCCCGCACGAGGCGCCCCGCGCCUGGAAGGCGCCGUCGCCGUCGCCGCAGCACGACGCGUGGGCGCCGCAGCAGCCGCAGCAGCCGCCGCCGCAGCCUGCGGCCUUCGUGCUGCACGAGCGGGAGGGCCGCCCGGCGGGCCAGCCGUUCCAGAUCCACUACGCGGGCGACCGCUACCAGAACGGCGACGCGCCCAACCACCCCAGCUACACGGUGGCGGGCGCGUCGCCCUGCGGCAGUCCGCUGCGCGCGCGCACGCCGCAGCGCGCGGCCGAGGCGCGGCGCGAGCCCGUGAGCCUGCAGCAGCUGCAGACGCCGGUGCCGGCGCCGCCGCCCGCCGACAUGGAGCCGCAGAACAUCUCGUUCAUCGGCAGCGCCGAGGCCGACGCGCCGCGCCACGGCAUCGACCGGCUGCACAUCUCGUCGGGCACGCGCACCUACCGCAUCCCGUCGCCCACGCGCCCGUCGCUGGGCCGCGACUCGUUCCGGCGGCCCGAGGACGAGCGCGCCGAGAAGGGCUUCUACAUCUCCUUCGACGACGAGCAGCCCAAGCGGCCCAAGCCGCCGCUGCGCGCCAAGCGCGGCUCGCCGCGCAAGGAGCGCACGCCGUCGGCCGGCGCCAGCCCCGAGCGCGGCCCCGACGCCUGGGCCCCGGCCGAGCCCCUCACACAGCCCCUCACACAGCCCCUCGCCCGGCCCUUCGCCCAGCCCUUCGCCCGGCCCGCCGAGCCCGCCGCGCUGGUCGUCGGCGAGGUGCCAGUGGACCCGAACUCGGCCGAGGAGAUGGAGCGCAAGAAGGAGCGCAUCAUGCUGAUGUCGCUGCAGCGGCGGCAGCGCGCGGACGAGGCGCGCGCGCGGGCCGAGGCGGCGGCGGCCGCGCGGAAGGCGCGCGAGGACGCCGCCAACGAGCAGAAGCUGGCCCGCAAGGAGGAGCAGGCCCGGCGAAGGGAGGCCAUCCUGCAGCAGUACAAGCUCAAGAAGGCCAUGGAGGAGGCCGAGAGAGAGGGCAAAGUGUUCGAUAGAAGCGAAUUCAUGGACACCCUUAAAGGGACUGGCGGGGGCCCCGCACCGCCCGCGGGUCCCCCCACGCGCAUGCGCAACAAGGGUGCCGCGGCGCGCGCGAGGCCCAAGACCAUCCACGUGGACAGCGGCGCGCUGCAAGCUGCGGAGGGCAUGCUCGGUAGCAAACAGCCCAGUUCUACCAACCUAACAGCGGGCUCCAUGCGGCGGGACUACUAUCGCGGCUCGCAGGACAGCCUCGCCGAGCGCGCGGGUCUAUAUAGAGAAUCGCCAGUAGAAGAGCGCGGUGGCAUGUCCCCGGGCAGCGCCUCAAGCGGCCCUCUCGGCCGCCGCGGCUCCUGCAAGACUUCCCGAGAGCGUGUGAGUGAGGAACCACAGACGACACGUGGAAGGUCUAAAUAUUCCACUUACCAGAGUAACUUUAAGGCGGGCCGGAAGUCUAGCUCUCUAAUGAACUUGUGCGACUCGGGGCUGGGCCGCGCGACUCCGCCGCGGCGCGCCGCGUCGCCGGGGCUGCGCGCGCUGGGCUCGCCCGCCGGGUCGGGGCCCGGCUCGCUGCCCGGCGCCAUCGGCAAGCGCCGCCACGUGCCGCAGGACGACCACUCCGACGUCUCGUCCACACACUCCUCCAUCAUGGACUACUCGGGCCCGAGACUCUACAAGCAGCCGACGACAAAAUCGAAUCGCGGUAUAAUGCUAAACGCCGUAGAGUACUGCGUGUUCCCCGGCGCCGUCAACGCGGAAGCGAAGCGGCGGGUCUUGGAGGAGAUCGCGCGGUCCGAAGCCAAACACUUCCUCGUGCUGUUCCGCGACGCGGGCUGCCAGUUCCGUGCACUCUACUCGUACUGCCCCGACUCCGAACAGGUCACCAAACUGUACGGGACUGGCCCCAAGCACGUCAACGAUAGGAUGUUCGACAAAUUUUUCAAGUAUAAUUCUGGUAGCAAAUGCUUCUCGCAAGUGCACACGAAGCACUUGACGGUGACAAUCGACGCGUUUACGAUACACAACUCGCUGUGGCAGGGCAAGAAGACGCAGCUGCCCAGCAAGAAGGACAUGGCUCUGGUGAUAUAAGCGCCAGCCGAGUCGCUCCAAACUCAUUACGAUAUCUAGUCGCCGGCGGCAGUCGAGUCAAGCCUGUAACCUUCAGUUAAACGCUACUGUAGGGCAAUAGUGCCAGUGUCCAUUUGUAUUUUAAAAGUAUCGGUUAGUGCAUUUCCCUGGACGGUCUGUUUCGUUUACGCAAGUGUAACGUCGACCGAUAAGCGUUUAGAAGGGGACGAUCGGUUUUGUAACUAAUCCUAAUAUCAUAAGUAAAAUAAUGUCAUAAGUAUCACUAAUCCAUUGCGCGUGGUGCGAUUGAGCGAUCGCGUCCGCGAUCGGUGCCUGUGUCAUAUUGUACAGUUGGAGAGGUUAUUAAGGAGUUUGUAAGCUCGAAUCAAGUGUAGGAUUUUUUAUACAUGUGCUUCGAUGGGUUUCAUUUGUGAAAGUUUAUCAUGUUGAAUUCGUGUUAUUAUUUGGCGUGCGGAGCUUAGCGCCGGCCUGUGGCGGCUGCGAGCUGUGAUGACCGACCCUUGAAAGACAGUACGGAUGGAGAGCACCGCGCAGGCCGGCCUGUGUCAGGUCGUCGCUGUGUACGCGAAAUGUUGCUCUGUGUAUAAACGCGAUGUUUGCCAUAUGUAUUAGUGAGAUGGUCGAUACGUUCCAAAUUGAAGAAAUUGUCUCAAAUUAUAAAUGAAGCAGCCAAACUGUCGGAUGUAUGCUCGUAUUGUAGAAACAUUGUUUUUAAGUGAACUCUCCCCGUAUCACAUAAAUAAUUAAAUAACAAAUUCACAAACUAAUUAUUGCUUAUUUGUUGUAAUAUUAACUUGUUAGUAAUUAUUUCAAUUUGACUGGAGUAAAAUUAAGAUGAGUACGUAUUUGUUUAAUUGACCCUCGGUUAAUGUUAUUUCAAUUUUCAUUUUUUUACCGCUUGUAUAGCUAAAGUAAGUGAAGGCGCACUUUACGUGGUAAUUGUACUGCCUUAUCGUGUAAAUAAUUGUUUUGUAUACAGCUAUUUAUUAAAAGAAUGUUAAGCGAAAAUUGAUGAAUAUCAUUUUUUCAUUGUUUAAUGAUUGGUCAUCAAUAAUAUACUACCGAUAGUAUAUGGUAUGCAAAUAUAUUGUAUUAUUAAAAAGCAUAACG